AUGUAUAUAUGUAUUAGAUCGUUGCGUUCCUCCGCACGUUUUCUCGAGGAAACGUUUUUUGUUCUGAGAGAGAGAGAGAGAGGGAGAGGGGGAGGGAGGGGAGGGGGGGGGCGCUUGCACUUCCGCGUGUUUUGGCAGAGCAGCGCCCGGGUCAGAAAAGGCGGUGUGCACGCGCGUGCGUGCGGCCCGGCAGAUACGUGCAGCUAUACGCACACACAUCGUAGGCACCUUGCAGCUGAAGUGCGGGGUUGCAUUGCACCGCUUGUUGUGUUUUCCCUCCCCCCUCUCCCUCUCCCUCCCUCCCCUCCGGGUCAUUGUCUGCGCAUCCCGUUGGUCUUCCGCUCCGACUCUCGCUUGUGGUUGUGUGUGUGUGUGUGUGUGGCGGGCGGUUUCGUGUAUUCGUUUUCGUCGCCGCCCCCCACUUUUUCGUUCUUCUUCGUUUCCCACUGCAGCGCUGCGUGCGUGUGCGCGCGCACCCGCACCGGCGCACCCGCGCCGUCUCUCUCUCUCUCUGUGUGUGUGUGUGUUACGCUUGCGUUCCCUGUCUCCGUCGCGCAAGAGCUUGCAAUGUCGGAUGAGGAGCACCUCCGGCAGGGCCAUCUCAGCAGCUUAGCCCUGGUGCUGAAUCGAUACGGAGCCGACGACAGUGAAGGAGGCGGCGGCCCCGCCGCAUACAAGUGUAAGGCAAGCAGUGUCGACGGUGCUCUGGCGAGUAGUGCAACAGCCCAGAGCGUCAUGGUCACCGGAAGAACGGACCUGGGCGGGUGGAGAGGCACAUCCUCGCAGCACCCAUCCGGACGCGGCUCGCAGCAUGCAUCUGCCCACACAGUGAACUCGGCACCAACAUUGCCAUUGCUGCCGCAGCCGCCUCACAUGUUCGCGGCGACGACCAUAGCGUCCGUCGCCCCCACAACACCACCGGAACCGUCAAUGAAGGCUCACGGAAGCACCCACUCUAUAUGGGGUGAGCUCCGCAUGGCUGCUGGAGCUGCCGCUGUGGAGGGCAGCGUGCAGCCCCACCGACGCGACAGAGCAGGCUUAGAAGAGAACGAUGCCCGCCUUCUUCCGGUGUUCUUGCCACCCGGACCGUCUGCGGCCGCGGCUGCCCCGUCAAGCGUCUUGAGAGGAAGCAGCUGGCACCGUCGGCCGUGCGCAUGCUGGCGGGGGAGGUGCUCGCAGGUGUCGCUGCGGAUGGGCUCUGCUGCCCAGACAGGUCACAGGUGGCUGCGGCGAUACCUGAGGGGGACGCUCGAGGAUGCAGAGCGAGAGAAAGAUACUAGUCGACGGCAGAAACGGAGACUCGGGGUGCGAGGGCUUCUCCUGGUCAGCAUUGUCUGCAUCGCACUCAUGGUCUUCGACGUCUACAGCUGUGUUGUGCGUCGACUGCGUCGACCCCAUGUGCCGAGCUGGAACGGCACGCUGUCCAUCCUUGUCCAGCACGAGGACGCGCCGCGGCGCAUGCGCCUGCAGUACUCGCGAAAGGUCAAGUGGAUCCACCUGCCGUCGUGGACGCUGAGGGUGGUGCCGGCACGCUGCGAGGAUUGCCUCGAUAAUGACACGUACGUGAUCGCGCUGCAGCGUGCUGUCGAUGGACUGGAACGGAUGCAGCGUGAGGACAACGCGAGACAGCGAGCCGAGUUGCAGGCGCCCCAUCAGCAGCAGCAGCAGCCACAUGCCUUUGGAGUCGGUAGCGGCGCCGCCUCGAAUGUUGGCGCACACGGUGAGACAGCGGCGCCACUCACGACGGUGGCCUUGGAGGAUCUUCUCAGGGCGAAAGGUGGCCCAUACGCGGUGUUCGCCAACAUCGGCGCGCCACUGGGAACGAUUGGCCCCAUGCUGUUUGCGAUGUGCAGCCUGACCGACGGCGUCGACGUGGCGGCCGAGCUGCCUCGCUGGAGCUGGCUGCGACACGCCAGCAUCUCAUCGGAAGCCCGCGCUGCGGGGCCAUCACCCUACAUCGCCGUCAUGGGCAUCCACUCCGCCGACACCGUCUCCCAUGCCCAGCUGCGGGAUGCGCAGCGCAGCACGUGGCUCCGCUACACCGUUGUUGCCCGCAGCGAGAACGACUUUCAAGGACGUCUUCUGCCCCUGUACAUCCUCGCGGCACAGGAGCGCGAGGCGGCGACGGACCCGACAUGGGUAGGCCAGGAUGAAGACACCGGGCCCGUGGCUGCGGCGGAGUUUUGUCGCCCGACGCUACAGGAGUUCGCUGACGCGACCAACUUCUACCGCGCACUUGCCGUGUCGGCUUCGAGCGGAGGCGCGGCGCUUGGCAGCUUCUCAUAUCGUCAGCGACGCAUGUCACUCCGGCCGGAGUGGCGCACGUCGGAUCUGACGAGCUCUCCUUGUGAUCACAUUAUCUCAUCCACGCUGCACGGCAGCGCCGACAGCCCGCGACCACCACUGGCAGUGCUGGCCGAGCACCUUCGGCUUCCCAUUAUUCCAGCCUUCACCGCGGCAGCGCGCUUCUUAUGCGAGGCGUCGAGCGGUCUUUGGACGGAGGCUCUUCAGCACAGCGACGUGCUGUGGAUCGAUAUGCUGGCGGACCGCAGAGAGACAGCGAAGACGGAGAGGGGCGACAGCCGCUGGAGGAUGGCGGCGCAGGUGGGCAUGACCCAAAGGACGGUACUGUGGCUGGAGUACGCCUACCACGCCUUCCCUGACGUGCCCUUCAUUGUCAAGUGUUACGACGACGUAUACGUAAAAGUGCCACAGAUAGUGAGCGACUUCGCCUACGUGCUGAGUGGUCGGCGGCACCGCGACCUCGACGCAAACUUGAUGGACAAUGACGGCAACGCACCGCUUCCCGUCGAUGCUGUCAGAGGUGCUGGUGAUACGCUGCGCACCGACGCCCCACUUGCCGCCGCCUCUCAGCUGCGCUUGCCACGCUCACCAGAGAGCGAGUGCGUGCACUGGGGUCUUCGGGACGAGAAGCACUUUCUACAGAGGCAACACAUGAUGACUCGCACACUGGCGCGCGUCGUGUUGGAGAAACCGCAGGAAGCCUACGGAACCAAAGGACUGCGGGACGUGGCGCUGCUGUCCCUGCGCGACUUCAACCCCAUCUUCGCCGACAUCUACACCGAUGUCGCGAUGACCGAAGAGGAUCGCUUCAUCGGAAGCGUUCUCCACGACCGACGCGCGCGUGCCGCGCAGCUCUGUCCGCAUCGCCGCAUCACGCGCGUAGAGGAAACCAUGUCCCGCUUUCACGAUCUGCGGCGCGAUGCCCGCGGUAUCGUGACGUGGGCGUCUGUGGCGCUGCACCGCUGCACCCCGGCGGACAUGUACUACUUGCACAAGAACUACUUUGUGGAGGAGCACCGGCUGAGCGGCGGCACCACGCCAGCCGAGGCGGCGGCGGCCGAGAGGGUGGCGCAGGAGCGUGGGGCGCAGUGGAUACGCGCGAACAUAAACGCCUCGCUGGGGCCCGGCUGGGACAACCUGAAUCCGGUGCUGCGGGUGCCGUACAGCGCACACCCGGAGGAUGCGAAGCCAGGAAUCUUGCUUCUACAAGACGGUGUCGCCGUGUACAAUAUCACCUUCUAA